AUGGCAGAUUCAUCGUCGUCCAAUCCAGCAUUCUCAAAUGAAGAACAUCAACCUUUAUUGCAAAAUAAACAAACAACAAAGCAAGAGAGUUUAAACGAUUUAAAGCCGCAUGUGAAACCACUGGCAGCUGCGUUUUUCAUCAGUAUUGUGGCAGGAUUGAAUGAUGGCAGCAUUGGCACAAUCAUUCCUCGACUCAAGGACUACUAUGACAUCUCCAACGAAACCAUCUCACUCUUGUUCCUGUGCUCUGCAUUGGGCUUCUUUAUCAGUGCUGGUUUGAAUGGUUACAUUGUGCACAAGAUUGGUCAAUUGAACACGCUCUUCUUUGGCUCGUCGCUCAUGUUGGUCUCCUUCAUAGUCUUGUCGAUGGGAUUCCCCUUCCCAGUCAUGGCCUGCACGAUGCCAUUUGUAGGCGCUGGUAUGGCUGUGCUGGAUGCUGGUAUGAAUGUCUAUACUGCAAAUGUACCCCUUGCAACCUUAAUGUUGAAUGUAUUGCAUGCCUUGUAUGGUGUAGGUGCAAUGAUUUCCCCGCUAGUUGCCUCCUUCCUGUUGAAGCAUGACAUCAGUUGGAAGGGCAUGUAUAUCUUCUUGACCUCUGUGGCUGCCCUCAACAUCGCCAUGAUCUCUUUUGGCUUCUGGAAAGUGGAUUUCGAAGAGGUGCACGAUGAAUCAGACGAGGACCAACAGCAAGAUAAUGUCAAGGUGAACCACAAGGAAUUGACCAAAAUGGCUAUUUUCAACAAGGUGACCAUGGUCAGUGCAGCCUAUAUUUUAGUGUAUGUUGGUGUGGAGGUCACUCUAGGUGGCUGGGGUUAUACCUGGUUGAAGGAAGGCAGACAUGGUGAUAGCAUUGCCAUGGCCAAUGUCGUUUCUGGCUAUUGGGCUGGUUUGGCCAGUGGUCGUAUUUUGCUGGGUUACUUGUCUAGUAGAUUUGGUGAAAAGCUGAUGAUUGCAUUAUUCACUAUGAUGAUUAUUGCUGGCUUGGUGAUCAUGAUGGUAUCCACCAAUGUUGUUCUUGAUUCUACCGCAUUUAUCGCCAUGGGCUUAUUAUUGGGUCCCAUGUUUCCUACUACCAUUUCAUUAGCCUCCAAAGCACUUCCUAGAAGCUAUCAUGCAACAUCCAUCGGCUUCGUCGCUGCUUUGGGUGCUGGCGGUGCUGCUCUAUUCCCUUUCUUGACUGGCCAAGUUGCAGGCAAAUUUGGCAUUCUCAUCAUGCCUGCUGCUUGUAUUGUCAUGUCCGCUGUCAUGCUUGUACUUUGGUGCUUUAUUCCAUCUGAUAGACCUCUCUUUGGUGCAUGUCGUUAG